AUGUCGCCAACCCUCGUCGUCGACGUCGGCGCAUGGUCUCUCAAAGCUGGAUACGCCGAAUCUGAUGGCAACAACAACAAUUGCCAUGUUGCGCCUAAUUGCAUCGCCAAGUCUCGCGACAACAAGACCUAUGUCGGUUCCCAGCUGUCGCAAUGCGUCGACUAUGGCGAGAUGACCUUUCGCCGGCCUGUCCAGAAGGGCUAUGUCGUCAACUGGCCUGCUGAAGUUGCUAUCCUGGACAACGAGCUUCAACACCUCCAAUGCGACUCGAGCGACACCAAUCUGAUCAUCACCGAACAACCAAAUGCUCCAUUACAGCUUACUAUGAACCUGGAUCAAAUCGUCUUUGAGCACUUUGACUUUGCUGCCGUCUAUCGUACCGUUGCCUCUUCGUUGAAUGCCUACACUGAUACAAGAUCCUUGUUCGGUGAUCCUCCCGCCGCACAUGCCGAACACGUCCAACCAGCCGAUGCGCUCCUCGUGGUAGACAGCGGACACAGUCACACAACAGUCACCCCUUUACUGGCAGGUCGACCCAUCCACUCGGCUGUCCGUCGCUUAGACAUCGGUGGAAAGCACCUCUCCAAUUACCUCGCCGAACUCAUCUCCCUACGCCAUUUCUCCCUCAUCGACGAACCCCACAUUGUCUCCCAAAUCAAAGAAGACGCCUGCUACCUAUCCUCCGACUUCCCUGCCGACCUAGACGCCGCGAAAAGGAAGGAUCCUAGCAUUGUAGUCGACUACGUACUGCCUGAUUAUGAACGCCAUCAUCGCGGCUUCACACGCCCCCACGAUGCCUCGUACAAAGCAAAAAUGGAACGUCUAGGCGUCCGCCAACCAGACGACCCCCUCAGCACACGAGAAGAAGUCUUCCCCCUCGCCAACGAACGUUUCGUCGUCCCAGAAAUGCUCUUUACACCCUCAGACAUCGCAAUGCCACAAUCCGGCAUUGCAGAAAUCUUGAUGCAAAGUUUGGGAGUGCUACCAGAAUUACUCUGGCAACCCAUGCUAGCCAACAUUUUACUCGUCGGUGGAAACACUUUGAUACCAGGCUUUGUGGAAAGAGUGGAGAGAGGGGUGAGGAUGUUGGCACCGGAAGAUAUGGUUGUAAGGGUUAGGAGAGCCGAGGAUCCUAUCACAUCGACAUGGCAGGGAGGUUGUCGAUUAGCUAGUGAUCAAGAUUUGUUGAAGAAUGUCUUGAUUACGAGGCAAGAGUAUCAGGAACAUGGUCCCAAUUGGGUGACUAGACAGUUUGCUGUCAAGAGACCGACGAGUGGGAAGGAGUAG